AUGGGCGGCUGCAGCAUCCUCCUGCGGCCCCGCGCGCUCACCUGCGGCCGCGCAGCUCCCCCGGCGGCGGCGGCACCGCGCCCGCGGGCCGCCUCCUCGCUGUGCGCGGCGCGGAGCCGCGGGCACCCCCUGGCCGCGCUGCCCGGGCCCCCGCGCUGGCCGCUCAUGGGCAGCCUGCCCGACGUCCUCUGGAAGGGGGGGCUCAAGCGGCAGCACGAGACGCUGGCCGACUACCACAGGAAAUUUGGGAAGAUUUUCCGCAUGAAGCUGGGGGCUUUCGACUCCGUGCACAUCGCAGCCCCCUGCCUCUUGGAAGCCCUGUACCGGCGGGAGAGCGCCUGCCCCCAGCGCCUGGAGAUCAAGCCUUGGAAAGCCUAUCGCGACUAUCGCGAUGAGGGCUACGGGCUGCUGAUCCUGGAAGGAAAGGACUGGCAGAGGGUAAGAAGCGCCUUUCAAAAGAAAUUAAUGAAACCAGCGGAAGUUGUGAAGCUGGAUGCCACCAUCAAUGAGGUCCUGGAGGACUUCAUGUAUAGAAUGGAUGAUCUCUGUAAUCACAAGGGACAAAUUCAAGAUGUAUAUUCAGAAUUCAACAAAUGGUCAUUUGAAAGUAUCUGUCUGGUGCUGUAUAGGAAAAGAUUUGGUCUCCUGCAGCAUGAUGUAGAAGAAGAAGGUUUGAACUUCAUCAAGGCUGUAAAAACGAUGAUGGCUACUUUUGGAAUGAUGAUGGUGACCCCAGUGGAGCUUCACAAAGGUUUGAACACAAAAGUCUGGCAAGCUCAUACUAAAGCAUGGGAUAAUAUAUUUAAAACAGCUAAGCAUUCAAUUGACAGUCGACUGGAAAAACAUUCUGCAAACCCUCAUGAGGAUUUCCUGUGUGACAUCUAUGCUGGAGGACAACUUUCCAAGAAAGAGCUAUAUGCUGCCAUUGCAGAGCUCCAGAUUGCGGGAGUUGAAACGACUGCCAAUAGUUUACUGUGGGCUUUGUAUAACAUUUCACGCAAUCCACAUGUUCAGCAGAAACUUUUUAAGGAAAUACAGAGUGUUUUGGCUGCUAAUGAGAGUCCAAGUGCUGAGAACUUGAAGAAAAUGCCUUACCUAAAAGCAUGUCUGAAAGAAUCCAUGAGAUUAACACCAUCCGUGCCAUUUACCACUCGUACUAUUGACAAAGAAAUGGUUCUAGGAGAUUAUGUACUACCCAAAGGGACAGUACUAAUGAUAAAUACCCAUGCAUUGGGUUGCAAUGAAGAGUACUUUAACGGCUGGACUCAAUUUAAACCAGAGCGCUGGCUCCAGAAGAACUUAGUAAAUCCUUUUACUCAUGUUCCAUUUGGCAUUGGGAAGAGGAUGUGCAUCGGACGUCGCUUAGCAGAACUACAACUUCAUUUAGCCCUCUGCUGGCUCAUUCGCAAAUACCAAAUUGUAGCAACUGACAGCAAACCAGUAGAAACACUCCAUUCAGGAAUACUGAUUCCCAGCCGAGAGCUUCCCAUUGCAUUUCAAAGACGAUAAGGUCAUAGAAGACAAAUAACAAUUCUACUGCUGCCUUUACUGAAGACAACAUAUACCCACAGGAAAAGCCAA